UACACGUUCAGAGAGAGGAAAUAUGGCAACUCCCACGUUUGGGCUCGAGUUACUCUACAACAACUAUAAGCAAGAUAUCAGGGGGAAAAUCGACGCUGCCGUCUGUUUCAUUCACUGGAAGCUCAUCAGCGCUGGUUUCCUCUGCAUUGGUCUAGGAGAAGAUGUGACAGUCCCUCCUGACAGUCAGAAAUCAGAAAGUCUUCCCUCAGGCUGGCAUGAGGGUGGAGAAUCCUUUUCCUUAAGGUACUUGUUGGAGGAUGACUUAUAUCUUAUGAAAAUCCAGAAGGUGAACUCAACACUUCUAGUGAACCUACUGCGAGUGAAGGAUGAGCGUGUCACUUCCUCUGCUAUCAAUCUUAACUCUGAUUUGUCAGAGGACUUAAGUUCCUCCCAGGCAGCCUUCCCCACAGCAAGUGCCUUGAGUGAUCGGCUUCAGGAGGGUUUACUUGAACUAAUGAAAACAAAACAGACAAGGAAGGAGGCAAGGAAGGAAAAGGAAUCUAAAGAAGAUUCUAAGAAAGUGUCAAACCCAGACCAGGAUGAUCCUCUUCGUGAUCCUCUCAGGAUUGACCGUAGACCAUACAACCCUUCUUUCUUCUCAGAUCCGCUUUCCCAUAACCCAAUGGGAGGAGGAGGAUUUCUCCCUCCUGUGGGACGGGGAGAUUUGGACCCAUUUGACAUGGAUCCAGGUGGAAUGCUCAUGAUUCCUCCCCGAGGCCUCCGUCAACCUGGAAUCCCUGGAAACCUCCCUCUAGGAGCAGUUCCUCCUGGGGCUAGAUUUGACCCAUUUGGACCAGUCCUUCCACCACGUGGACAAGGGCCACGACCAGGAGGACUUGGGAUAGAUCCAGAUCCAGAUCACAUGAGGCCACCCACAGGUGCUGAUGACAUGUUCAUGUGAAGCAUUCUACCACAUGUUACAAGGAAUGGAUCUCAAGGCAGCAAAAUUCCAAGGGCAUUGACAUCAUAAGCAUCAAUGAAGAAAUAUACAAAUUGCAAUCCAGAAACAGCAGAUUUUCAGUCCCCUGCCAAAAAGAGCCAGUGGUAAUUUCUUUUCUUUUUCUUCUUUGGAAGAAAACUGAUUUAGUUAUAUAUAUAAAAAUUAUAGCCACUUUUUGAAUCAUUAUAGGUUGACCAAUAUAAGCUUCUUGACUGAAUGUCUUUCAUGUGAUUUUUUCCCAGUAUAAUGUGCAAAGAUUUGAAGUCUCUUCAAUGACCUGCUGAGUCCCUUGUAAAACUUGUAAUGAAGUAUAAGAGUACUUCAUUUAUGGUCAUUACAUAAAAAUGAGUUGUAAGUGCACUUUCUCCAGUGAUGAAAUGAUCCAGACUACAAGAGCACAUAGCUGAACUCUUCGUGUUUAUGAAUUGAAUGAAUAGGCCUUCUGCAUGUAAGAGAACAUUGCCCCUUGUGCCAUUUAUGGUCAGAGAAUGAAAAAAGACAUCCAUGACACAACUUUUCAAUUCAGUCUCUCAUCAAGGAUGGCUUUCCUCCUCUCUUCAUGACAUAUAAUGAACCUUUUCAUAUCAACAGGAGUUGAGCUGUUCACUCUUCCACCUGGAUUAUUAUGUUAUAUAUCAGGUGGGGCCCUGCACAGGCCAAGUGAGGGAUUUACAAAUCUCUAUACAUGGUAACUGAGUAGAAAUUGGAAGAAAUUAUGUGGAAAACAUUCUGUCCAGGGCUUUACUGGUGAACCUGUACUUAUUCAGGAAAAUAAGAGUCCAAUUUCAUGAAGAAGGGAUGCUAUCCUCCAAGAAAUGUUUCACUGCAGCAAUGUCUGCUCAGGGAUGAGAAUCCUUGUGAGACAUCACUCAAAAACAUCCCUAUCUAGACACUGUUCUAAAAUAUGUUAUGUUCUUUGCUUAUUUUUAAAAUAAGCAAAAUAAAAUAAGUUUUCCAUAUAAGCCCCUUGCUUGAGGCACCAGAGCUUGCCUGUAUUUGUUGCCAUUUAUUGCAUCCCAGACAAUAGAUAGCAGGGCAGGGGUAGCAUAAUGAAAGGAAGAGGAGCUUCAUCACUUCAGACAUUCACAAAUGGACUUAUGAGUUUAUUGGGGCAGGGAAAAUAAAAAAGAGGUCACAAGAAAUCACAAGAGGACACAAGGCAUCACAUCCUUCCUCACAACAAUUCAUAUGCUAUGAUAAUGAAUGCUCCUAGCCAUUAGUUUGAUAGGGACAAAUUCACAUUCAAAGCAACCAAAAUAAAAACUUUGAAAAUGAGGCUGGUGCAGAGCACAUAAUUAAUAACAUGAGUAUUAUUCGAAUUUCAUCCAGUGGUGAUGCUCUUGGCUUUUACUGACAAGAAUGGACCAAGCGGUCAUGUUUGGAUUAGAACCUGGAUAUCUUGCACCUAUUGGUAGACAUGUCAUGCAUUAUGCAUCACUCUAAUGCCUUUCUUGGCUCAUGCUCCAACAAAAUGAAACACAUGGUGAAGGAAACCUGACAGUGGUCACAUUGUUCACCAUGUUCCAUCAGCCAUAUUACGUCACAGUAACAUCAUCCAUCACUACUUCAGUGGUUUUCUGGAUUUGUAAACAGAGGACCUGCCAGAUUCCUCAGUUCAUAUACACCUUCCUCUGAUUUUUCUGAUGUAUGAUAGGUAAAAAGGUAUUAUUUGAGAAUGCUAGUUCAGUCCACUUUUGUCAUGAAUCAGUUCAGAAUCUGUUAGACUCAAUGAACCAAUAGGGUGUGCCUUAAAUGUACCAUAUGAAAUCUGGAAUAUCAUGGUAUGUUACAUUGAGAGAUAUUUAUUUGCAAUUCACUAAAAAAAAAUGAAAUUAUAUCUGCUAGGUCAUGGACACAUCUUAUCUGAUUAAAUAACUUUAAAUUAAAUAUUUCUCUGUUGAGGUUCAUACAGUAUCACCUGGUACCUCCUUCAUAUUUUUUUUUACAGGGUGUUCAUAUUUAAACGCAACAUAGGGAAUAUUUUGCUGCCUGUAGGUGGAGUUCUUCCAAUGCUAAAAGGCCCACUGGGUUGCAUAUCUACAAGGAAACACUCCAGGGAUAGGUUUCAUCCUUCCAGAUUUGCAACCCGGUGACCUAUAAGGCACUCCCUGAGCUCCACAAACAGGCGGCAAAAACUACCCUAUGUUACGUUUAAAUACAAACACCCGGUAUAUUUUUGGGUGAUCACAUUUUAUAAGCAAAUAGUGUAUACUGGUCCUUGAUUUCAAUUACAUUUCUGAAGGGUAAUUUGGUUGGAGAAUGAUCAGCUGUAUGAAAACACCUUCCCAAAAUGAAUCAUUAUUCCAGUCAAACUUACUGCUUGUGCUUGCAGCAAUUUUGCUCUUAUACAUUGAAGUUCUCCCAUUUGAAGAUUUUCCUUCAAGUAUAUACUAAUUAUCUUUAUAAUUCCACAAGUCAUUGAGAUUUUGUAAAAUUUAAAAAUGCUAAGUCUUUUUUGUGGAUAUUGUUUCACCUUAAAUUUGUGUUACAGGGUAGAUGCAUAGGGCUGGAUGGAUAUUUAAAAAAAUUUGCAAUGAAAACAGCAGAAGAAUGGUUUUUAGUAGAGGGUCUCAAUGUUUUUUUUAUUAUUUAUUUAUCAGUUCUGACACCCAUGAUAACUGAUUCCAUUUAAAAAAUGGUGACUCUUCAAAGGAGGGCAAAAGUUGGCACAUUGAAAUCAACUUUUUCAUGCUCUUUCUCAAAUGGAUAUAAUUUAAAAUUUAGUUUUUCACCUAUAAAUAUGUACCCUCACACUUUAUAUGGGCAUUUGUGAUUUCCUCUAGGCAUUCUGAAUUAUAGCCAAAAAGGGGUGGCCCUCCAGGUCACCUGACCUGAUCCCAAUGAAUUAUUUUGUGUGAGGUUAUGUUUUAUCCUUCAUUUACAGUGUGAAAGUCAGAAGUCUAAAAAAAUGAAUGAAUGCAUUUACAAUAAAUGCCAAAAGACCAUCCAUGCAAUUCACCAAUUCCAGAAUCUUAUUCAUACAUUUUUUGACAAAGGAGGAGAAAAUCAUGUAGAGAUUAACUUGAGACCCUAGACUACAUUCCAAUUUAUGUUUCAUUAUCCUGUUGUAUUUCCCCCCCUCCCCCCCCCCCCCAAAAAAAAAAAAAACCUGUCCAGCCUUUUAUAUCCACCUUUUCCUAUCCCAUUCAUAUUCCCUAUGCCAUCUAUGAUGAUACUUUCCAAAUAGGUUUGAUUUUGGAAUGUAUUUUUUUAGUGUCAUUUUCCUUUGUGGCUUGUUAAGUUGUUAAACUGUUAUUCAUGACUGAAGUUGUCCCUUGCCACCAAUCCAUCAUGAAUAAAAGAUAUCCUGGC